AUGGCCGCAAAGACCUUCACCCGCGACGAGGUCGCCAAAAACAACACCGAGGACUCCCUUUGGUGCAUCAUCGACUCCAAGGUUUACGACCUCACCGACUUCGUCGACGGCCACCCGGGCGGCGAGGCCGUCCUCCGCCAGGUCGCCGGCCGCGACGCCACCGCCGACUUCUACAACCUCCACCGUCACGAGGUCCUGACAAAGUACGACAAGACGCUCGUCAUCGGCACCGUCGCCGGCGAGACGCCUCAGGUCGUCGUCGCCGGCCCGGGCGAGCUCUCCGCCGUCCCCUACGCCGAGCCCACCUGGCUCACCCCGCAGUUCAAGUCCCCCUACUUCAACGACUCCCACCGCUCGCUGCAGCGAGCCAUCCGCGACUUCACCGACCGCGAGAUCACCCCCGUCGCCCUCGAGUGCGAGGAGAAGGGCGAGCUCAUCCCCCAGGAGCUCAUCGAUAAGAUGUCCCGCGCCGGCGUGCUGCACAUGCGCCUCGGCCCCGGCAAGCACCUGCAUGGCGUCAACUUGCUCAACGGCGCCGUCAAGGGCGAGGAGUUUGACUACUUCCACGACAUGAUCCUCAGCCAGGAGAUGGCGCGCACCAACUGCCGCGGCUUCCAGGACGGCAUGAUGGCCGGCAUGACCAUCGGCCUGCCCGUCGUCCUCAACUUUGCCAACUCCGACUCCCUGAAGAAGCGCAUCGCGGAUGAGGUUUUCAGCGGCCGCAAGAAGAUUUGCCUAGCCAUCACCGAGGCCUUUGCUGGUAGCGACGUUGCGGGCUUGAGAACUACCGCCACCAAAACGCCCGACGGCAAGCACUACAUCGUCGAUGGCAGCAAGAAGUGGAUUACGAAUGGUGUUUUCUGUGAUUAUUUUGUCACCGGAGUUAAGACCGACAAGGGUCUCAGUGUCCUCCUGAUCGAGCGCGGCGAGGGCGUUGAAACCAAGGCCAUCAAGACGUCCUAUUCGCCUGCCGCCGGUACGACUUACAUCACCUUUGACAAAGUCAAGGUCCCCGUCGAGAACCUCCUGGGCCAGGAGAACAAGGGAAUCCACGUCAUCCUGAGCAACUUUAACCACGAGCGGUGGACCAUGGCUUGCGCCACAAUCCGCCAGUGCCGGACCAUUGUCGAAGAGUGCCUCCUUUGGGCGAACCAGCGCCUCGUCUUCGGCAAGAAGCUCAUCGACCAGCCCGUCAUCCGCCUCAAGCUUGCCAAGAUGAUCGCCCUCACCGAGGCCAACCAGUCCUGGCUCGAGACCAUCACCUACCAGAUGAACCAGAUGCCCUACAAAGAGCAGGCCAAGCACCUCGGCGGGCCCAUCGGCCUCCUCAAGAUGAGCGCGACCCGCGCCGCCCACGAGAUCGCCGACGAGGCAGUCCAAAUCUGGGGCGGCCGCGGCCUCACCCGGACCGGCAUGGGCCGCGUCAUCGAGAUGUUCAACCGCAGCUACAAGUUCGACGCCAUCCUUGGCGGCGCCGAAGAGGUCCUCGGCGACCUGGGCGUCCGGCAGGCCAUGAAAUUCAUGCCCAAGGCGAAGUUGUAA